AUGGAGCCGGGCGGCGCGACAGGCGGCGCGACGCUCAAGGACCUCCGCUCGGAGGACAAGCUCAAGAUCGGCAACCUUCUUCGCGAGCUUGCGCGCGCUCAGCGGGAGGGCCAGCAGGCGACGCGCGAGCGCAGCCAGAUAGCUGCACGGCUGCAGGCGAUGCGCUCGCAGAAUGACCUCAUCGAGGCCGCGGAGCUCCGCGGCAAGUUCCGCCACUCGCUCCAGCUGCUCAAGGCCUACCAGGAGCGCAUCGGCCACAACGCGGAGCCGCCCCCAGCGGCCGAGAGCAUCGCCGAGCCGCCAGGCGCUGGCGCUGCCGACGAGGUCAUCUCCACCCUCCCCGCUCCACCCCUGGACCCAGCCCAGGGGCCGGCGAGGGCACGGCCCGCCGAAAUGCCAGCCGGCUCCCUUAAAAAAGGGGCUUAA